CCUGGACACAAAAUCUUUUUGAUACACUCACACCUGACCAGUUUGUUGUUGUUCCCAAUAAAUCAGUUUUAAUAAAAACAUUGCCUAUUAUCCUGCAAAAUGAAUGAAGAAAUCGACGAGUCUGAGUUUUACCAUCAAGAUUUCACCACCGCAUCUGAAUGGGAGGUAUUUAUAGCCCGUUUAGAGGAAAUAAUCCAUGAGUGGAAGAUAGAAGACAACAAAGCUGACUCGAUAUGCAAAGAAGAAGGCAUAUGGAGAAUUAAAACAGAAAAUAUACCUUUUGCUGAUGUGGAAUUUACCUUUACAUACUACUCUGCAAAGUGUGAAGAUUCAGAAGAACAAGAUGAAGAGGCUAAGGAAGAACUGGAAUUUUCCCAACACCCAAUGCAAAACUCUUUCGAUUUUACAUUAAGAGACAUUGCCAAUGAACAUGAAGAUAUUCUCAUUUAUUAUUGGUAUGGUUUACAUGACUACAUAGUGUUGUCACCAGUUAAUAACUCAAAUGUUGUAUCUGAGAGCAGAAUAAAGAUUUUAUUGAGUUCAGCAAACAUAGCAAUUGGCAAUUCUAACUGUGAGAUACCAAUCUUUAUCCAAGUAAGAGAAAAAUGGCAGAAGUAUUAUCUGGGAGUCUUUGAGUCUGACAAUGUCAGAACUAACUUUGAAAUGGUUCAUCUGCGCCGCGGUCCACAACAUUGUCAAUAUCUCACUGGUCUCACAGAUUUAUUCAAAACUAAGAUCAUGUCACCUAUACAAUUGGAGCCGAUUAUUGUAUCAGUUAAAUUCAGUUAUCUCCUGAAUGAUUUUGGCACAUAUAUAUGGAAGCAGGAUGCAGUUGAUUGUGAUGUUGAAAACUUUGAUGCCAAUGCUGUGGUGAUGUUACCACUAGGUGUGACAAUUGAUCCUGUUGAGAGUUUGCUGGUUAAAGCACAGUGGUCGCAAAUGCCGGAUAAUUUGAUUGUUGAUUCGGAAUCGUACACAAAUUUUGAACCGAUGCAAGCACCUAAAUGGACGGUUUUUGCCAAUUUUGCGGAUAAACCGAUAUGUUUGCUUGCUGAUUGCCUGUCAGAGUUUGUGCAUUUGUUGAAAAAUGCUGCGACUGUAUACGACGUUCUUGGUGAUUUUGCCGUUCAACCAGCAGAGAAUACAAAUCCUUUAGAUUUGCUGACUGAACCGAGAGUGCCGACUAUUUCCAGCGUGUUGAAACGAGCGGCCAGAAAUUCUUUGACUAAGAGCAGUCAUGUUCAAAGAAAAGGUUUAGCCCCAUUACCUGAAGAGGUUCUAGUACCAAUGCUGUACUUUUUGUUUCCUGAUGCUGAAGAAAACAGUCCCCAUGUGUAUUUUACUAAUAAGAAGGAUGGAAUUGAAGAAGAUCCUGCCGCUAUCGAUGAGAAGUACAAAGGAUUCAAGACAUGCAAAGUUGAUUCGUUGGUUUGGAGACUCAGCAUCAUUUUGUGCCAUGCUUUGUAUAGUCUUGGAGGAGCUCGUGCCGUUGCUCAUAUUUGGUUUGAGUUUGUUCAGGAGAUGCGGUAUAGAUGGGAAAGAAGUAUUAUGAUUCCAGGAUUGGCGCCUGGUUUUCCUGAUGCUAGGACAUGUCUACUGCAUCAAAAACUGCAAAUGCUGAACUGUUGCAUCGAGCGCAAGAAGAGCCGUGAAUCUGCGAUCGUUGACAAAGAGUUUGAAUCGUUCGAUGAAGGAAAUUCAAGCGAGGAGGAGUUUUUCGACGCAGAUGACGAGCAAUUAUCCGAAGAACAGAAGAGUCGCCAACGGUAUCUGCCAUGGAAUCAACCUGUUGGUAGAUUAGGAAAGUUUGAAAGUAUGAAGUUGAUUAAAACUGGUAAUCAGUUGUACAUACCAAUUACGCAGGAACCCGUCCCGAAAACAGAAGAUCAACUUGAAGAAUACACUGAUAUAUUGUUGAAACUUGGAUCGGAUGCACAAGGAUCAGAACUGAGGGCACGAAUGAUGAGCGCUUCCCUAUUAUCAGAUAUGGAGUCCUUUAAAGCUGCUAAUCCUGGUUCCAUUUUAGAAGAUUUUAUUAGAUGGUAUUCUCCACGUGAUUGGAUUGAAGACGAAGAAGAAGAUGAAUGGGGUCAACCGAAAGGUCAUCUCAGUUCUCGCAUGCUGAUUGCUAACAACACCUGGGUUGAAACAUGGAAUUCUGCUAAGGCUGUUCCUGCCAAUAGACAGCGGCGACUGUUUGAUGAUACCAGAGAGGCUGAAAAAGUUUUACACUUUCUGGAUUCUCGCACUUUAUCACAAAUAUCUGAAUUGUUAUUACCUGUUUUAUCACAUUCCUCUCUUGCUCGUGUUGAAGAUGAAUGUGUUCAACUUAAUAUUCCUAUUAAGAAUUCAUCAGAGACUUUACAACACUUGACGAAAACUGUUGAGAGGCUGUCCAGGGAAGGAAAAAUCAAUACUAGACGAUAUGAAUUGUUGGUUCAAGAGCUUAUUCCAUUGGAAUUGGCCUUGGCUCAAGGAAAUUCAUUGCUGUAUAAAUUGAACCCCGAAGGUAGUCAUGAUGAAGAGUUGAGUUUGAUGGUAUCACAGAUGAUUAGAAGUAAAGAAGUUGAGAUUGUUGGUAAAGAGCAAUCGAAAGCUGGUGCCCGGAUACUUAGUAUGUUUACUGAAGCACAGAAAGUUUCAAGUUUGGGAAUUGGUGAAGUGAACUUGGAAAGUCUACAGACUACAAGUGCAUUUCCACAACCACAUGAACGUGAAUUUGUUAUGAGGGUGAAUGCCAAUCGUCCAGCUGUUUAUUCCAAUAAAAGCGUACAGUUUUUGAGAGCAUUGUUGUCGAAAAAUGAGUUUAGACUUUGUGGAGCAUUUUCAGAGGAUAUAACGUUCUUUUAAAGGAAUUAUAGUUCUUAAUUUAUGAUUAUAGUAAUCAUGUUAAAUUAGUUAUAACAAAAAGUAUAAACAUUAAAUAUUAAGUUUACUCUAAUUAAUAUGUGUUAUAUUUAUGGAUUAUUAAUUUUAAUUAAGUUUAAUAUUAAUUGUGGUGCUAGAAAGUGACAAAUAAUGAUUGUAAACCCUGUAAUUUUAAUUUGAUAGUUAAUUUUGGGCGUAGUACGCUGACAUCUGUGAAAUAAAAAGUUCAAACUUA